AUGUCGCAGACCACUCUGUUGGAAGAGGUGGUCCAGUGGAGUAAGGACACCUGUCGGCUGGAAGUCAAAUCCGUCCUCCCCAAACUCAUCAUAUCCUUUCAUGGGUCUCUGUUGUACAAAACAUGGCAUGGGGCGUAAAUAAUGGGGCAUAAAUAAUUUACUUAUGGUUGAAAUGACUGUAAACAUCAGUUCCAGGUCUGCACAAAUGCACAUCAGACCUAUCUAGUUUAUUAUGUAUGCCUGUGUUUGUAGCUAUGUACUGGUGAAGUAAUAUUGCGAUACUUUUGAACUCCUUAACCCUGUGUACUCCAUGCAUUAUAAAACAGAAAGCUGGGAAGAACAUAUACGUAAGUCUAAUCUUUUUAACAUCAAAUCAAAGACUUGUGGAGGUCUACCAUUUUCUGUCUGUAAACAAUUGUUGGAAAAAUGACUUGUUUCAUGCACAAAGUAGAUGUCCUAACCAACUUGCCAAAACUAUAGUUUGUUAACAAGAAAUUUGUGGAGUGGUUGAAAAAACGAGUUUUAAUGACUCCAACCUAAGUGUAUGUAAACUUCCGACUUCAACUGUAUAUAUAUAUAUAUAUAUUUCAUAUAAUGGUGUGUAAAGACAGUUUUUGAAUUCUAAUUUUUGUUGGACAUAAAGUUGUCACCUGUCAGUAAACCCAGUCAUAAUUCAGUGUUCUCCAUGAAUAGGGCCUACAGUGAAAGGCCAGUGGCAUGCUUUCUCUCAUUUCAUGAAUGUGUGUCUCCUUUUAGAUGUGCUGAAAAUCAUCACAGACAUGUUCUUGCCUCACCUCAGCCAGUCAGAGCUGGAAGACGAGUGCUUCUCCAAGGUCUUACCUAAGGUACAACAUAUUUCAUUUCUUGUUUGAACACAGACAUGCAUAUUCGAAAGCAUCAGCUCAGUGUGUGUGUAUAUAUGUUUAACUGUUGUAAUGUCUGCAGGUAGAGAAGAUGUUCAACAGGCUGAUGGAAGAGAUCACUAAACCAAGUAGGAGGGCUGUCCAGUCACAACACGGAACUACACUCUUUUCUCAGGAACAUUCUACAGGUGUGUUCUUAAUGGCUGGUAAAUUCUCUCUCUCUCUCUCUCUCUUUCUCUGACUCUCUCUCUCUCUCUCGCUCUGUCUCACUCUCUCUCUCUCGCUCUGUCUCUCUCUCUUUCUCUCUCUCGCUCUCUCUCUCUCUCUCUCUCUCUCUUUCUCUCACUCUCUCUCUCUCUCUCGCCUCCUCACUCUCUCGUCUCACUGUCUCUCUCCUCUGUCCUCUCUCUCUCUCUCUCUCUCUCGCCGUCUCUCUCUCUCUCUCUCUCUCUCUCUCUCUCUCUCAUAUUGUAUCAAUCAUUCCCCUGUCUUUCUCUCUGUUGUGUUAAGGUAUAAGUUGUUUUCCCCUCUUCAAAUCUGAAUGCUAAUUGUACUGAGUGGACAUCGUUACCUGGGGGUGGUUCUGUUUGCCAGUUGAUGGUGCAGGUGUUGGAGGUGCUGUCUGGCUGUGUGCGUCACGUCUGUUCAUUUGAGGAGGCCCCUGCCCUGGAUACUAUCCGCUCCUUACCCUCCUGCGUCCUUAAGGUCCUCAGGAACACCUUCCAGCACUGCAAGGUAUGACUGCAAGGAAUUCACUGUUUUAAGGAAUCUUCCUGUGCAAAAGUCUAUGUCUAGGAGUGUCUGAAAGAGUGCAUCAUGGCCAUCUGUAGUUUUGGACUGGAUGGAGUCCAGUGGUAUUAUUACAAUAUGUUGUGGGAAUCACAAUGAAAGGGUACCAACGUGUAACUGUUUCCCCAGGAGAGUGGGGAGGUGUACUGUGGGCGUCUGUCCCUGGUGGGAGACCUGCUUCAGGGUCUGUUUAAAGAGGCUUACUCACUACAGAAAGGCCUGAUGGAACUGAUGGACAGCAUCUCCCUGGAGAACACAGCCUCGGAGGACGACGUCUCCGACGUCAUCACAGGUGUGUGUGUGUGGUGUGUGUGUGUGUGUCGGAAGAGACUUAUGCAUCCGUCUGGUUGUUUGUGGAUAGCAAUUCUCACUAGAUAAAAAUGACCAUUUACGCUAUUCAUGGUAAGACAUUGUCAUACAUUAACAAUAUUAUUUUGCCUCUGACAAUGAAAAUGUGUUUAUUUCCCUCAGUGAUUCAUAGUCUCCUGGAUAUAUGCUCGGUUAUCUCACACCUUGACAUCGCACUACAUGCCAACACAUGGAAAUUCAUUGUUAAGUAAGUAUAGAACCAUAUACAUUUAAUCAUCAUAAACAUUAUCGGGCUAAUUAUCUGAUCUAUCCUAUUUAUUCAUUAUUUAGUAAGUGUAGUCCGGCCCACAAACAUUACAUUUAGAUGAUAAUUUAAAAACUAUCUGGCUGUUUUUGUUGGCUGACUUAUUGAUUGAUUGAUUGAUUGAUUGAUCUGAUCAGGCAGUGUGUGAAGUAUGGGUCGUUGGUGGAGGAGCGGCUUCGUCACGGUGACAUCACAUCCUGUCUGUGUGAUGACCUGCUGGCCUCGUUCCAUAGCUGCCUUGAGCUGGCUGGGCAGAUCAGUCAGGUGGGGCCACAGGUACAUGGCCAAUCACAUCGAGAGAGUCAGAGGAACACUCCCUAUGAGCAAAAUACGAAAAUCUUUCAUUCAUUUUAAAUUAUUCUUUCAUUCAUUUCAAUUAUUCUUUCAUUCAUUUUAAUUAUUCUUUCAUUCAUUUCAAUUAUUCUUUCAUUCAUUUCAAUUAUUCUUUCAUUCAUUUCAAUUAUUCUUUCAUUCAUUUCAAAAUGUAUUUUGUUGCGUGCAUACUGAACAUGACCUUGAUGAGUUGAAUGAGCUGAUUUCCUUCUAUUAUUAAAGCCCGUGUCCAAAUGCAUUAUUGAUUGAUAUUGCACCACAAUAGAGAACAUUUUUUUUGCGCGGAGUAUGUUACGGGUCAAUUCAGGAGAGAAAUGCAACCUUCUCGCUGUGGCCCUGGAUGUCUAUGCCUGAGGUGAAGGAUAGAACAUGGGUAGACAAUGAAACAAUGUUCUCUGAUAGAUCUGGUCAUUCCUGCUGUCAUGUUGAAUCGCUGUUCUGUGUUUCUUGCAGCAGGUGGCACACAGCCCAGAAUACAAGCUGUUUCAGAAAACCACAAAGAUGUGCAGAUUUUUUGCCAACACAUUAGUUCACUACAUAAAGGAAUUUAAGGCUUUUCUUUCUAAGUCUUGCAGACGCUUCCAUCAACUCUACCUCCAAAUUGUCAGGUACAAUGAGCCUACACUGUCUGCAACUCUCACACACACAUACACACACACACACCCUCUGUGGUUAACGUUUAUUCUAUUUUACCCACAGCAAGUUUCCACCCAGCCUAUGUUCCCCAGUGCUCCCCUCCCCUCUAUCUGAGGAGCUGAGCGGAGCAGCUCUGGUGCCCAUGGACGCUCUGCUCUCCCAGCUGCUCCCCCUCAGACCCUUCGCUGAGUCAGUCCUCAACCCCAGCCAGCGUGAGUUUACCUCUACCUUCACCCUAAUACCCCUGGCCUAGUAUAGAAAAAUUGUCCACUUCUUCCUUCACCCUAGUGUAGGAAAAUAUUAAAUACCGUACAUUACACAGAUCCAGUGUUAUUAGGCAAGUGCUAAAGACCAAAUAUUUAGUAUAUGUAGCAAAGAAACCCCCCACUGCAGUCUAUGCUAUCCCAUGUGAUUUCCUGACAUGAGCCUUAGGUCUUGAAGUGUACAAUCUGUUUCCUGAUUACGCGCAUGUACACUGUCCCACGUCCAUUUGGGGCCUCUGUCAAUGUACUGUAGGGAUGCUUUACGCUUCAAGCCUUAUGUAACAAAGGCAAACACACACACACACACACACCCCCUUUCCGUUGGUGUUCUUUGAGGACAUUACUGAGUGUGCUCUGGUUUUUAUUUAGGGGUCAGAGGUGAACUUGGAACACAAUGCUCUCACAUCUCAUAAGGCCAAAGUACUACUAUGAAGAUCAGGUCUCUGCUCAUUGUCUGUCUUUAACCCCUAAGCACAGGGGACAUAAACAGUAGAGAUAGGAAGUUCAGCUCUUUUUACUGACUCUGAUCUUUUCGACUCGUUCAGUCAAAAUAACGAAUCUUUCGACUCAUUUCGUUCAUUUGAGACAAUAAUGCCCAGUGUACGCAGGACCCCUUACCGGCGAACGAUGAACUGAAGGAAAAGUGUGCUUUAAACAAUGUUGAUUGCCUGCCAUACAAAUACGAUUAUUUCUUGAUACAUUUGAAACAAAGUCUAGUUGUGGCCACAACCGGACUAGAUUGUGAACGAUUGAUAAGGGUGAUAAGAACAAUAUAGUUUGCGAACUGCAGCCCCUCCCCCAAACGAUUUGUGUUUGAGUUUGUUGAGCAGAGUUAUGUUUUGCUUCUACAAAGCUGUGUCCAUGAUAACUUUCAAUCAUCAAUAAAUUGUAUUCAUUCUUGCACCUUGUGAUAAAUUAUCAUUUCUAAAGAUGUAUUUUUCUCCUCUAUGCUGUCUGAUCUAUUAUCCUGCGUGGAUAAAUGACAGACAGUUGUUUGUCGGCGCACGUCUGGAGCCGCUGAGCGUGUAUAAAACCUGCUGUAGGACUCAUUGCGGCCAGCAGGUCAAAAACAAACCACCAAAAUGAACGAGUCACUCACAAAAAACAAAUCAUGACUCUCGAGUCAGUAAAAAGAGUCGUUCAAAAAGAACGAAUCGUUUGCGAACUGCAUGUCACUAAUAAUAAUGCCCGGAGUACCCCUGAAGUACCCCCUCUUGCAUUUUACCAGUAGGCUUAUGGUCUCAUGGGUCUUCUCAAGUACCCCAUGUGGAUAGGCCAUGUAUUCCCAGAGGUCCUAGUACCCCUGGUUGGGAACUACUGGCCUAAUGCUUACAGGGGCAUUUCAGUCCUGUCCUAAUAGACCCACCUGUCCUGUUUGUGUACCUGUAUGUAGAGUUGAGUCCUGAGACAGAGUUACCUCAUUGCCUCCUGCUGGUGAAUGUCAUGGGUCAGUUCCCCUCCCAUCCAGAUGAGGCGCUGCAGCUGUGGUAUGACGGCAGCCACUUUCCUGAGGACACACCCAGGUAGGAGAGCUCUAGACUAUGGCUGUAGACCAAACAUUGGUCAAGUAGUGUUUUUUUGUUGUUUUUGAUUUAGUUUGCGUAGUGCAACAGAAUCAAUGAAAUAGUCCCAAAAACGCCAUGAUACAUCAAGAACAUCAAGUGUUUCACUUUCACCAAAACAUUUAUUUGAUCUGUUGUUCUUUCCACCAUCUAUCUCCCCCUUCUCUCCCCCCCUCUCCUCUCCCCCUCCCUUCUCUUCUCUCCCCUCCUUCUUUACCCCUCAUCACGAAAUCCACAAAUAAUAACUCACCCCUCAGAACCUAUAACCCAACCCUCACACAUGUCUUUCCCCCCCUCCUCUUUCUCUCCUCUCUCUCUCUCUCCCCCUUCUUUCCUCCUCCCUUUUUCCCCUCCCUUCUCUCCCUCCCUCUUUCCCCCUCCCCUCUUCCUCUCUCUCCCCCCUUCUUUCUUUCCCCUCUAUUCUCCCCCCCUUCUCUCCCCCACUCUCUUCUCCCCUCUCCUCUCCUCUCUUCCCCCUCUUCUCUCUGCCCCCCUACCUGCCCUUCUUCAGACUGCCUCUGUUCCGGGCCUUGUUCCAGACCUUCCGGCGGUGCUGUCCGGAACGGAGGGUUCCAGUGCUGUUGCCGGGGGUGAUGAUGAAGGGUCAAGCCCAAGGAAGGUGUCCCUAAACUCAUCGUUGGUGAUCUCGUGUCCGGUGGCAUGUGGCCCCAGAACUUCCCCUUUCUGGGGGGGCCCCCAAAAACUGUUUUAAAUGUCGUAAAAAAUUGUGUGUAAGCAUUACACACACACACACACACACACACACACACACACACACACAAGUAGUGUACACACACAGCACUUUGGCCCCUGAGUUUUUCCUGACUUACGUGGGCUAACCUGGAAAAACUCUAAAAUGAUUGCAUUAUGAUGAAAUUGUGGAUGUGUUUAUGAUGGAUGUGUUUACGAUGGAUGUGUUUAUGAUGGAUGUGGUUAUGAUGGAUGUGUUUAUGAUGGAUGUGUUUAUGAUGGAUGUGUUUAUGAUGGAUGUGUUUAUGAUGGAUGUGUUUAUGAUGGAUGUGGUUAUGAUGGAUGUGUUUAUGAUGGAUGUGUUUAUGAAGGAUGUGUUUAUGAUGGAUGUGUUUAUGAUAUCAUACCAAACCUUCCUCACUCUGUUCUUCAGUUGAAAGACAGGAUGGGGGAGAAAGAAAGUUGUGUUUUAGGAUGACACCAGAAUGCACUUGUUACUACAUGCCCUAACCUGGAAAAACUCUUAAAUGAUUGCAUAACAAGUAAGAUUAUUUAGUGGAAACAUCAAGUGCAUUUGAUCCCCAAUCUCUUCUCCUUCACCCUGUCUUCCUCACUGUUAUGUGUAUUAUGAAUCACCUAUCUUCUAUCUCUCUUUAAGCAUCGCCGUCGUCUUUUCUACUCUUCUCUUUUUUAACGUUCUACUCUCUUAUCUAUUCUCUGUCUAUAGGAUCUCCUCUCUCUUCUCUCUUCUGUUUUCUUGUCUCUUCUCUGCUCUUCUCUGUUCUUUGGUAAUAUUGUCACUCUUAGCCUAAUGGUAGGUUGCUUCUCUCUUCUCGUAUUCUCUGUCUUCUUCUUUCUAUGUCUUUUCCCCAUCUCUGCUCCUACUCUUCUCUCUCUCUGGCUUCUUCUCUCUUCUCUCUCUUUGUCUCUCCUCUCUCUUGUCUUCUUCUCUUUGUCCUUCCUCCUCGUGUGUCUGUCUGUCCCCUGCUUUGCACCUACACCGGGGCCUGUUGGAGCCGUGGGGCCCUACGACCGUGCUUGGUCACAGCCGUGGUCUUCUGCCGUGAGCACUGUCCCCCCCCUUCCUCCACUAACACUUGUCUUUUCUUUAUCACCACUGCUGUCAGCUGCUUUAUUCAGGACACAUGUGCUUGUCUCACCUAGCCACCAUUUUUAAGAUGAAUGCACUACCUGGAAGUCUCUCUGGAUAAGAGCGUCUGCUAAAUUACUAAAAUGUAAAUGUCCAUUCCUUGUCCUGUGUUAGUUGUCAGUUGUGAGUGACUCUGUCCUCUCUCUGCAGGUACGGUACAGCUGAUCUGUGCUUGCAUCACGUUCUCCUUACAGCUCAGCUGGUGAGUAGAGAGGACUACAGACAGACACACAGACAGACAGACAGACAGACAGACAUACCACAGGGUCACAACCUCUCCCUGGCUCCCAGUGAUCUCUCUCCCACACACACACACACACACACACACACACACCUCUCUCAAGGAAUCCUAGUUUAUCAUCCCUAUCCUAGGCCCAAUCCCAAAUCCACCCCUAAGGCCUGCGCCCUACGCCCUUGUGGAGAUCUGAGAGGAUUUGAUUGGUAUAACAAAUAUGAUGUAACAAGUCAGGCUGCAGCUGGUACCAUAUUGCUCACCCCUGUCAAAUCCAGUCAGAUCUCCACAAGGGUGCAGGGUUUUAGGGGUGGAUUUGGGAUUGGGCCAACGUCUCUCUCUGUCUCUGUGGGGCAGGGUGGCCGUAACCUAUGGCAUCUCUGAUACCCCAACAGAGGCGACAAUUGGUGUUGCUGGAUCAUGGGGGGGGCAACGAGACACCUGUUAGUAACUGUGCCAGGUCAUGAAAUAAAGUGAAACUGGCCUUCCCCUUUUUUUUACCAUCCUCUCCUCUCCUCCCCCAGGUGAAGUGGUGUGGCGGGCAGUGUUACCAGCUGGUCCAUCUGGGCCUGCUGCUGAGACGCAUGCUGUUCCUCAUGACCCCUAACCAUCAGGUCAGAGAGCAGCACAGAGAAAACAUCUACGUGUGUGUGUGUGUAGGGUGGGGGGUGUAUUUGGGCUGUAUUUAUUGAUCUCUGGUUUUAUAAAGAGAAGUGAUAUGAGCUAUGUGAUGAUACAGUGGUCCUCUGUAGCUCAGCUGGUAGAGCACGGCGCUUGUAACGCCAGGGUAGUGGGUUCGAUCCCCCGGGACCACCCCAUACACAAAAAAAAUUGAUGCACGCAUGACUGUAAGUCGCUUUGGAUAAAAGCGUCUGCUAAAUGGCAUAUUAUUAUAUUAUGUGGUUUGUGUUUUUCUUUACAUUUGUGUGUGUGUUUGUAGAUGGAGUUGGUGGAGCGUUUUCCUCCCUCCCAGGCUGAGAACCUCCCUGUGUGGUGUCACAUCCUCCUCAGAGCCCUGUCCCAUGACGCCCGGCAGCGGGUCGAGGCGGACGUCAUCACCCUAACUAACACCACUGUGACAGACUGGCAACAGGCUGGGUACAAACUGGGACAACUGGACCAAGUGGUAAGGAGGACCGGGAGACCCAUGGGGGGCGGCGCGCAAUUGGCCCAGCGUCGUCCAGGGUAGGGGAGGGAAUGGCCGGCAGGGAUGUAGCUCAGUUGAUAGAGCAUGGCGUUUGCAACGCCAGGGUUGUGGGUUCGAUUCCCACAGGGGGUAUGAAAAAAAAAUAAUGUAAGUCGCUCUGGAUAAGAGCGUCUGCUAAAUGACGUAAAAUUAGGACGCUUCAGAAGCUGCUUUAGACCAGGAGCGAGCCAAUCUUAAAUAGCUUUUCAGUGUGGACAAAACAGUUGUGUGCUAUUCUGCUGGAGUGGUAGUGCCGAACCUACUUGUUUUAUACAGCCUCAUUGCCAGGCAGGCAACUUUUUAUAACGCACAUGCUCGUGACACAUUUUGGCCUUAGUUAUCAUGCUGAAGGUCUUAUUCAUUGCCACGGGAUUUUUUUUUGCUCUAGAAUAUAGAAGCACCAAGGGCAUGGCUACAAUAUUCUCUGCUGCAUGGUUGUCCGCUGUCCUAUAGGAGGUGUUGGAUAGAAAGAUCCUGACCGGCUUUAAGAGCUUAGAUAAGGGGAAGAGUUUGGUUUAAGAGCUUAGAUAAGGGGAAGAGUUUGGUUUAAGAGCUUAGAUAAGGGGAAGAGUUUUGGUUUAAGAGCUUAGAUAAGGGGAAGAGUUUGGUUUAAGAGCUUAGAUAAGGGGAAGAGUUUGGUUUAAGAGCUUAGAUAAGGGGAAGAGUUUGGUUUAAGAGCUUAGAUAAGGGGAAGAGUUGGUUUAAGAGCUUAGAUAAGGGGAAGAGUUUGGUUUAAGAGCUUAGAUAAGGGGAAGAGUUUUGGUUUAAGAGCUUAGAUAAGGGGAAGAGUUUGGUUUAAGAGCUUAGAUAAGGGGAAGAGUUUGGUUUAAGAGCUUAGAUAAGGGGAAGAGUUUGGUUUAAGAGCUUAGAUAAGGGGAAGAGUUUGGUUUAAGAGCUUAGAUAAGGGGAAGAGUUUGGUUUAAGAGCUUAGAUAAGGGGAAGAGUUUGGUUUAAGAGCUUAGAUAAGGGGAAGAGUUUGGUUUAAGAGCUUAGAUAAGGGGAAGAGUUUGGUUUAAGAGCUUAGAUAAGGGGAAGAGUUUUUUUUAAGAGCUUAGAUAAGGGGAAGAGUUUGGUUUAAGAGAUAAGGUGAAGAGUUUGGUUUAAGAGCUUAGAUAAGGGGAAGAGUUUUGGUUUAAGAGCUUAGAUAAGGUGAAGAGUUUGGUUUAAGAGAUAAGGUGAAGAGUUUGGUUUAAGAGCUUAGAUAAGGGGAAGAGUUUGGUUUAAGAGCUUAGAUAAGGGGAAGAGUUUGGUUUAAGAGCUUAUAUAAGGUGAAGAGUUUGGUUUAAGAGCUUAGAUAAGGGGAAGAGUUUGGUUUAAGAGCUUAGAUAAAAGUACCAAUAAGAUAAAUCUUGUUUAGUGUGAGAAAUCAGGGCAGAUAAGGUCAUUGCUUGUCGUCCUAAGUGGACCGUCCUGGUUGUAUGUGAGGAUGAAAGCACUGCAUUAUUACAUUUUUACAUUUUAGUCAUUUAGCAGACGCUCUUAUCCAGAGCGACUUACAGGAGCAAUUAGGGUUAAGUGCCUUGCUCAAGGGCACAUUAACGUCAUUUAGCAGACGCUCUUAGCCAGAGCGACUCACAAAUUGGUGCGUUCACCCUAUAGCCAGUGGGAUAACCACUUUACAAUCUGGGGGGGGGGGGGGGUUAGAAGGAAUACUUUAUCCUAUCCCAGGUAUUCCUUAAAGAGGUGGGGUUUCAAAUGUCUCCGGAAGGUGGUGAGUGACUCCGCUGUCCUGGCGUCGUGAGGGAGCUUGUUCCACCAUUGGGGUGCCAGAGCAGCGAACAGUUUUGACUGGGCUGAGCGGGAGCUAUGCUUCCGCAGAGGAAGGGGAGCCAGCAGGCCAGAGGUGGAUGAACGCAAUGCCCUCGUUUGGGUGUAGGGACUGAUCAGAGCCUGAAGGUACAGAGGUGCCGUUCCCCUCACUGCUCCAUAGGCAAGCACCAUGGUCUUGUAGCGGAUGCGAGCUUCAACUGGAAGCCAGUGGAGUGUGCGGAGGAGGGGGGUGACGUGAGAGAACUUGGGAAGGUUGAACACCAGACGGGCUGCGGCAUUCUGGAUGAGUUGUAGGGGUUUAAUGGCACAGGCAGGGAGGCCAGCCAACAGCGAGUUGCAGUAGUCCAGACGGGAGAUGACAAGUGCCUGGACCAGGACCUGCGCCGCUUCCUGUGUAAGGCAGGGUCGCACUCUCCGAAUGUUGUAGAGCAUGAACCUGCAGGAGCGGGUCACCGCCUUGAUGUUGGCGGAGAACGACAGGGUGUUGUCCAGGGUCACGCCUAGGCUCUUCGCACUCUGGGAGGAGGACACAGCGGAGUUGUCAACCGUGAUGGCGAGAUCAUGGAACGGGCAGUCCUUCCCCGGGAGGAAGAGCAGCUCCGUCUUGCCAGGGUUCAGCUUGAGGUGGUGAUCCGUCAUCCAUACUGAUAUGUCUGCCAGACAUGCAGAGAUGCGAUUCGCCACCUGGUUAUCAGAAGGGGGAAAGGAGAAGAUUAGUUGUGUAUCGUCAGCGUAGCAAUGAUAGGAAAGGCCAUGUGAGGAUAUGACAGAGCCAAGUGACUUGGUGUAUAGGGAGAAAAGGAGAGGGCCUAGAACCGAGCCCUGGGGGACACCAGUGGUGAGAGCACGUGGUGCGGAGACAGCUUCCCGCCACGCCACUUGGUAGGAGCGACCGGUCAGGUAGGACGCAAUCCAGGAGUGAGCCGCGCCGGAGAUGCCCAGCUCGGAGAGGGUGGAGAGGAGGAUCUGAUGGUUCACAGUAUCAAAGGCAGCAGACAGGUCUAGAAGGACAAGAGCAGAGGAGAGAGAGUUAGCUUUAGCAGUGCGGAGAGUCUCCGUGACACAGAGAAGAGCAGUCUCAGUUGAAUGACCAGUCCUGAAACCUGAUUGGUUUGGAUCAAGAAGGUCAUUCUGAGAGAGAUAGCAAGAGAGUUGGCUAAAGACGGCACGCUCAAUAGUUUUGGAAAGAAAAGAAAGAAGGGAUACUGGUCUGUAGUUGUUGACAUCAGUGGGGUCGAGUGUUGGUUUUUUGAGAAGGGGAGCAACUCUCGCUCUCUUGAAGACGGAAGGGACAUGGCCAGCGGUCAAGGAUGAGUUGAUCAGCGAGGUGAGGUAGGGGAGAAGGUCACCGGAGAUGGUCUGGAGAAGGGAGGAGGGGAUGGGGUCAAGCGGGCAGGUUGUUGGGCGGCCUGCAGUCACAAGUCGCAGGAUUUUAUCUGGAGAGAGAGGGGAGAAAGAAGUCAAAGCAUAGGGUAGGGCAGUGUGAGCAGGACCAGCAGUGUCAUUAGACUUAACAAACGAGGAUCGGAUGUCGUCAACCUUCUUUUCAAAGUGGUUGACGAAGUCAUCCACAGAGAGAGAGGAGGGGGGGGGGGGGGGGGGGGGGGGGGGGGGAGGAUUCAGGAGGGAGGAAAAUGUGGCAAAGAGCUUCCUAGGGUUAGAGGCAGAUGCUUGGAAUUUAGAGUGGUAGAAGGUGGCCUUAGCAGCAGAAACAGAUGAAGAAAAUGUAGAGAGGAGGGAGUGAAAAGAUGCCAGGUCGGCAGGGAGUUUAGUUUUCUUCCAUUAUGGACUCUCAAUACGGUCCAUUUACUUCCUCGCUGCCCCAGAACAUAGCGCUGUUGUCCCUGCUGAUGGUGGUUCGAGGUGAAUCUCCCGAGGCAGAGUGUGGGUCAUCUGCACUGAGGAUCAUCUCACAACUCUGGGUUGGCAUGUGUCCCAGUCAGGUGAGGGACACACAGACACUCACAAGUACAUUUUGGGUGAACAGUUUGACUGUUAAGGUAACUCUAUCCCUUUUCAUUGUCAGGUGCAGACCCACCCUAGCAUCCAGUGCACUCUGAGACUCCUCCUCUCCAUGUCAGCCAUCUUGGUGAAGAGUUUUGACCCACAGGUCAUCUGUCAGGUACAUUUACAUUUACGUCAUUUAGCAGACGCUCUUAUCCAGAGCGACUUACAGUUAGUGAAUACAUUUUUUUUUUAAUACUGGCUCUCCCGUGGGAAUCGAACCCACAACCCUGGCGUUGCAAAACACCAUGCUCUAUCAAACUGAGGCUACAUCACUGCCGGCCAUUUCCCUCCCCUACCCUGGACAACGCUGGGCCAGGGUGCCGGCUUGCGGACAGAGCCUGGAUUCGAACCAGGAUCUCUAGUGGCACAGUUAGCACUGCGAUGCAGUGCCUUAGACCACUGCGCCACUCACUAACGUGUUCUAUGAUGCUCAGUGGUGUAGUGGUAAAAGAAAGGUGGGUAAACUAUCAACUCCAGGGGGCGAUCGAGAGAAGAGGGGGGGGGGGGGGACUAGAUUAGUAGAAUAAACAAGGUGCAAUUUCGACAGUCACUCAAUUAGCCCAUGUCAGCAAAAAAAAGUUAGUCUAGCCAGCUAUCUAAACUAGUAGUAAUCAUGGUCGAUUUACCGACCAAGGGGCCCCCAUUGAUUUUGUUAGUCGCUCUCACUCAGAUAUCAUAUUCAAAACUGCAAACAUUUAUCUCCACCCCAUGGCAAAAUGUGUAGAAUUGCAGGAAAUUAACUCUAAAACAAUGUUUUGUCUCAGCUGUCAAGAGGGGGGCCACUAAAAGGUUUUGCUCGCAAGUUGAGGGGGCCCCCAACAAAAUGUCACUUAGGGCCCCCAAAAGGCUAGGGACGGCUCUGACUGCACGUGUAGGGAUGGCUGUGGGUAGGCAGACCCGUGAGCCACUGUGGCCCCUCAUGAUGAUUUCAGAUUUUUGGGGACCACCCCAAAAAUAUUGAAAAAUAGGAUGUGAAGAUGUUCAUAUUGAAAUGUGUUAUCUUUAUAAUCACGUUCAUGUUCUUUGUGUAUCAUGUGAACUGCACUGCAAUUCAGUUUUCUAUAAUGUAUACUGCUAAAGAGCACCAGUGUAAAAGGCCUAUAGUUGACUCUAACAUGUUGUACUCUAUAUACUAGGGCUGCACGAUAUAUAUCGUUUCAGCAUCGACAUUGCGAUGUAUGCAUCCGCAAUAGUCACAACAUCGCAGAACGUGCGAUUUAGUAAGGUAAACAUAAGUCUACUAUAUAUAUAUAUAUAUAUAUAUAUAUAUAUAUAUAUUAAAUGUUAAACUAGCAUUAUAUCUGUCUGAUAUAACGUAAUUUACUCCGAUUUAUGGGUUGUUGGAUACACAGUUUAUUAUUAUUAUUAUUUUAAACACGGAGUUCGUUUCUGCACGUGGUUGCCAUGCAGGCUCUGAUUGCGCGACGAAAUGAUGAGCGAGGAACAGGCAAAAAAGAUCGAAAUGGAGAAUUUGGUUGCAAAAAGAAAUGCAUCGUCAAUUAUAUGGAAAUAUGUCGGCUACAGACAGGAUGAUGUUGACCAAAAACAGGUACUUUGUCGAGAGUGCCUUGCGAUUGUUGCCACAACACGAGGCAACACGACCAAUUUUGUUCGAUCAUUUAAGGCGGCACCACAAAUCUUUGUAUGACGAGUGCAAAGCAACUCAAUGCCCUCCAAAGCAAAAAUCUAUUUCGGAUGCCUUUGCCAGUAUUACACCAUACGAGAAAGUUUCCAAACGGCAGAGAGAAAUCACAGAUUCAAUAACAUUUCACGUCGCCAAAGACAUGGUACCAAUUAACACGGUUACCAAAGAGGGUUUUAAAAACAUGAUCCGGCGCUUGACAAGCGGUAUGUAAUGCCAUCACGCAACUAUUUUUCUCAAGUUGCCAUCCCAGAGUUGUACGAGAAAUGCAAGGCACAUGUUGAACCAGAGCUGUCACAAGUGGAAUAUUAUACAGCAAACAACGGACUUGUGGUCCAGCCGGACAACGGAGCCCCACGUAAAUCUGACCGUACACUUUAUUAAUGAGGACUUCCACCUGAAAAGUCGCAUUUUUCCCAGAGGAUCAUGCAUACAUCCUGUAUUUUUUCAUAUCGCAGAAAAACAAAAUAUCGCAAUGUCAGUUAUUUCCAAUAUCGUGCAACCCUACUCAAUACCUAUUAAAAAAAAAAAACGUGUUUGAUAAGAUUACAGAUUAUUUUGAAAACCAUUUACAUUUCGGGAGACCCCAAGUUCGGGAACCACUGUACGACUCACCUCUCUCUCUGCUUGCUUCCUCUCUCUGCGUGUCUCCUCUGCCUCCUUCAUUGCAGCCUGCCUCACCACUGUCUUAUCUCACUACUCUCUGUAAAGCAACGUUAUUUUGUUAUGAUAACAAAAGAUAGGCUACUAUAAAUUAAGAUUAUAGCUUAAUUUCAGUCAACUGCUCCUGCUGAGGUCAGGCUCCGUUUAAACGUUAGCUUCUAACUUCAUCCUUCUAGCCAGCUGGUUAUAGCUAGCGGUUAUAGCUAGCGGUUAUAGCUAGCUAUCGGGCUUAAAGUAGCCAGAGCCCCUGAGCUAGCCACCUGGCUGAAAUACCUGCGACUAUUUACCAGUUGAUGUAUACUAUAAAUUGAUUGUAUGUGUUUUUAGGCCCUUGUGUGUGUGGGAGCCCUGGUCUCUGAGAAGUGUCCUGAUGACCUGCUGCUCGCUGCUCUGGACUUCUUGGCCUCUCUAGGCAAGGUGUUCAUCCCACUUGAUAGCCAGGUACUGUAUGAUGGCCAGGUAGUACUGUAUGAUGGCCAGGUAGUACUGUAUGAUGACCAGGUAGUACUGUAUGAUGGCCAGGUAGUACUGUAUGAUGGCCAGGUAGUACUGUAUGAUGGCCAGGUAGUACUGUAUGAUGGCCAGGUAGUACUGUAUGAUGGCCAGGUAGUACUGUAUGAUGGCCAGGUAGUACUGUAUGAUGGCCAGGUAGUACUGUAUGAUGGCCAGGUAUACUGUAUGAUGCCAGUAGUAACAUACCAGGUAGUACUGUAUGAUGGCCAGGUAGUACUGUAUGAUGGCCAGGUAGUACAUACCAGGUAGUACUGUAUGAUGGCCAGGUAGUACUGUAUGAUGGCCAGGUAGUACUGUAUGAUGGCCAGGUAGUACUGUAUGAUGGCCAGAAAAAUUAUACUGAACUAAAAUAUAAAGUGUUGGUCUGAUGUUUCAUGAGCUGAAAUAAAAGAUCCCAGAAAUGUUCCAUAUGCACAAUAAGCUUAUUUCUCUCAAAUUUUGUGCACAAAUUAGUUUACGUCCCUGUUGGUGAGCAUUUCUCCUUUGCCAAGACGAUCCAUCCACCUGACAGAUGAGGCAUAUCAACAAGCUGAUUAAACAGCAUCAUUAUUACACAGGUGCACCUUGUGCUGGGGACAAUAAAAGGCCACUCUAAAAUGUGCAGUUUUGUUAUGUAUGGGUGGUCCCAGGGAUCGAACUCACUACCCUGGCGUUACAAGCGCCAUGCUCUACCAAUUGAGCUACAUUUGUAUGGGUUACCUUCAGAUGUGUCCCGUGACACUUGUGGGGGUAGUGGAGCAAAACGGUGAACACCGACUACAUGUAGUUCACUACUCCCCAACAGUGUGUGUGUGUCGUCCACAGAGCCAGGUGUUGCCCAGGCUGAGUGAUCUGUUUGGGGCCCUGCUAGCUGAGAGGUCCUGGCUAAUAAACCAACAUGCCCUGGAGGCCUUCGCUCACUUUGCAGAGGUGAGACUCUCCUGAAUACUGUUUUUAGUGAUACGUUAUAUUCCUAUCUUAAACAUUCCUAUGAAAUGACCAGUUUCCUUCUUCCUGAGGGCACUUGGCUGUGAGUUGAUUUAAAACUGGUGGGUGUAGUGACCACUUUAAUGUACGUAUGAACUUCAAUGUGCCUUCAGAAAGUAUUCACACCCCUAGACUUUUUCCACAUUUUGUUGUUCCAAAGUGGGAUUAAAAUGGAUUUGGCAUUUUUGGUCAACGAUCUACACAAAAUAAUCUGUCAAAGUGGAAGAAAGAAUCUUUUUUUUUAAUUAUUUUUUAAGAAAACACUAAUGUAUCUUGAUUAGAUAAGUAUUCAACCCCCUGAGUCAAUACAUGUUAGAAUCACCUUUGGCAGCAAUUACAGCUGUAAGUCUUCUUGGGUAAGUCUCUAAGAGCUUUGCACACCUGGAUUGUACAAUAUUUGCACAUUCUUUUUUUAAUUCUUCAAGCUCUGUAUAACACGGUUGUUGAUCAUUGCUAGACAGCCAUUUUCAAGUCUCGCCAUAGAUUUUUCAAGCCGAUUUUGAAGUCAAAACUGUAGCUAGGCCACUCAGGAACAUUCAAUGUUGUCUUGGUAACCAACUCCAGUGUAUAUUUGGCCUUGUGUUUAAGGUCAUUGUUCUGCUGAAAGGUGAAUUAGUCUCCCAGUGUCUGUUGGAAAGCAGACUGAACCAGGUUUUCCUCCAGGAUUUUGCCUCUGCUUAUCUCUAUUCUGUUUAUUUUUAUCCUAAAAAACUCACUAGUCCUUGCCAAUGACAAGCAUACCCAUAACAUGAUGCAGCCACCACCAUGCUUGAAAAUAUGAAGAGUGGUACUCAGUGAUGUUGUGUUGAAUUUGCCCCAAACAUACAGCUUGUAUUCAGGACAUAAAGUUAAUUUCUUUGCACAUUUUUUGCAGUAUUACUUGUUGCAAACAGGAUGAAUGUUUUGGAAUAUGUUUGUUCUGUACAGGCUUCCUCCUUUUCACUCUGUCAUUUAGGUUAGUAUUGUGGAGUAAUCCAUUCUCAGUUUUCUCAUAUCACAGCCAUUAAACUCUGUAACUGUUCUAAAAUCACCAUUGGCCUCAUGGUGUAAUCCCUGAGCGGUUUCCUUCCUCUCCAGCAACUGAGUUAGGAAGGACGCCUGUAUCUUUGUAGUGACUGGGUGUAUUGAUGCACUAUCCAAAGCCUAAUUAAUAACUUCACCAUGCUCAAAGGAGUAUUCAGCACCUGCUUUUUCUAUUUUUACCCAUCUACUAAUUGGUGCCCUUCUUUGCGAGGCAUUGAAAAACGUCAAUGGUCUUUUGUGGUUGAGACUGUGCUUGAAAUUCACUACUCGACUGAUGGACCUUACAGAUAAUUGUAUGGGGUACAGAGAUGAGGUAGUCAUUCAAAAAUCACACUAUUAUUGCACACAGAGUGAGUCCAUGCAACUUAUUAUGUGACUUGUUAAGCACAUUUUUAUUCAUGAACUUAUUUAGGUUUGCCAUAACAAAGGGGUUUGAAUACUUAUUGACUCAAGACAAUUUUCUACAAACAAAAUUCCACUUUGACAUUAUGGGGUAUUCUGUGUAGAUAAUUGACACAAAAUCUAAAUGGAAUCCAUUUUAAAUUCAGACUAUAACACAACAAAAUGUGGAAAAAGUAAAGGGGUGUGAAUACUUUCUUAAGGCACUGUAUAUAACCUUUAACUGUAAGUCGUUCUGGAUAAGAGUGUCUGCUAAAUGACUAAAAUGUAUAAAUGUUCAUGUUUCAGGUCACCAAUCAUGAGGAGGUGAUAUCCCAGAGCUUGUCUUCAGAAGACACCAAAAACAAAGUGGUGAAUUUCCUCAGCAAGGUAAUGAAUGCCACCCCCCCCCCCACAAACCACAUCCAAUAAACAGUCAUUGAUCGGGAGAUAAUUAAAGAUGGAAGGGACUGAACAUGUUGUUGUGUUCGUCCAGACUAUUAACGCACAGGAAUCGCUGGAGACUCGGCUUGAGAGGUUAAGAUUGGAGACGUCUGUUCUUGAGCGACACAACAACAGACUGGAGACCAAUGAGGAAACUGCUGCUUCUGCUGGUGAUGACCAGUCCACUGCUGACACAGAGGUGAGUGAUGAGGCUGAUGCCCGUGAACAUAUUAAAUCUGUGUUGGUUUUUUUCGGGGUGGAAGAUUAACUCUGCAAAAGCUGUUAAUGGGAAAACUUGGCAGAAUUAGCCAGUGAGAGGAUGACAAUUCAAAACCAACAGUUUCUGGCACUGAACCAAUAGCUUAAAAUACCUUAUUCACCACUCCUCCCUUCCUAUAUGUAAAGACUGAUCUUACAUUAGUACGUUAGUCACCAAUCAAGUCUGUCUGAUCAGUGAUUACUUAAAGGAAGAUAGGAUGUAUUUUGUAAGUAUUCAAUCGGUUUCUCUGUGACUUGCAUAGUGAUACAGUAAUGAUAGUGACUCAUGACUCCCCCCCCUCCCCCAUCCAGCCCUGUCCCAAGCGAGCACGGCAGGAAACCAGCGUUGAGGAGGAGUAUAGACUUUACCUCCAGACAGCUGAGAGUGCCCUGAGGGCCCUGCAGACGCUGGUAGAGGGGCGCGCCACCGACACAGUUAUCCCCUCCUCCACCCCUGUCCCUGCCCCCCCUCCACAUUGGGUGACGUCCAGACUACAGGAGCUGCAGACUCUGAUAACCCACAUCAGCACGGCCAGACCACCAAACCGCUAG